GCUUUUUCAUUGGCUUUGCCCCUAUGUGUUUUACCUGACUAAUCUCGCUAGUAGCUUUGGGUAAUUAACGUGUUAAAAGUCAUGCACGGUCCAGGUCCCAUAUCAAAAGUACCCAAUAACAAUUACGUACCUAGGUACAACCUCGGCCUUAGGUAAACGUCAGUUCUUCAAGGGCCAGUAACUUCUUCGUCAUUCCAGUCAUAGGAAAAAUCGCGGUUCCACCGUUGCCGCGCCACCUCAAGCGUCGAAAAGCUUCCAGAUAGCUUCUGAAAUACAACUUGUCAAGUCAUCAACUCCUCCCAAACGUAAAGCUUUUCCCAUCUCCAAAGUUACCGGACCAUCAACCCCAUCAACCCCAUCCGAGUCUACCCUUCUCCUCGCAUCUUUACACCUACUGCAUCCCCUAUGAUGUCUAGUGUUCUCAAUAUAUUCGCCAAGUCGUCACCUGCGCCUAGAUCGGUAAAUGGCGACAAGCAACCGCGUGGUACCAAGCGUAAAGCUAAGAGUGACCCUUACGAUGAGAUAGACGAUGACGAGCCAGCUCAAAAGACCCCUUCGACCCAGCAUACGCGGACGCGCAUUUCUUCAGAAACACCAAACUCAAGCAGAAAGGGACGACCGUCAUCUACAUCAAAGACCAAUAAGUCUCAAAGCCGUUUACGGGGCACGCGGAAGAGCGAGAUAACAGAUACUGCGCGCGUCGACGCGGUCGCAAAUCUAGCCCGCGCACAAGAGCCCGAAGCGGCACGAUUACAUCUCCAGCCCAAAGAAGAAUCCAGCCAAAAUUCACAAGUACCCGUGGCCAAUAUGGGUGUUCCUGAGCCAUCCAUCAAUGCCAACGCAACCCCUAGCGAAUCUGCCAACAAGAAGCCCCAGCCCGGCCGUCCGAACCAGACAAGAAAAAAUGCGAAAGGUAAAGAGAAAGCGACGGAACCAAGCAGAACCAAACAGACACAACCCGAAACCGACGAACGCGAAGAAAAAGAAAUCCAGGGUCUCUUACAACACCGAAUGGCUCAAGACGGCAGAGUUGAGCUCCUUGUCCAUUGGGCCGGAGAGAGUGAGGAUGACGCUACUUGGGAGGUCGAAGAGGAAAUUCAACGAGGCGCCGAAGAGACGUUAUACGCAUACUGGAAAGCUCAAGGGGGUCGUAUCAAUGCCUUGUUUAUAAAACCCAAGAACGCGCCCGUCGAGACUUACCACGUCUACAAGCUUCUCGGUCAUGAAAGGAAAAUUAGAGGUGGAUUCGAAUUCGAAGUUCAAUGGGUAGGCCACCCGCCAACUCGUGGGGAGACAUCUUUCGAAGCCGAAGCCAAACUAAAAAAGAUCGCUCCGGAAGUUUUGGAGCAGUAUUGGAGAGAUGUCGGCGGUCGCGAUCGAUUUCUUGCCAGGCGCGGCCGAGGCAAGAAGCAACGGACCGACUAGCCGCAGCUCUCCCGACAGAGCUAGCUUAUUGGAUGAUAUUUUCUAUACAUACCUAGGUACUCUUUUUGUUCAUUUCGUCUCGAGCAUUCAUCAUGCUCGGUACUGCAUCACACGGCGUUGGGGACGGAUCGUGAUGUGAUAUGUUAUCGAAUUUUAGGGUAAGGACAAACAUCUGGGUACUUGGAGAAAAUAAUGCUCGGAUAUUCUUCUCAUCGAGCCUGUUACCAUGUUGUAUUGGAUCCCCAGGUAAUCCCCAUACGCAUGCGUAUACUUGAUGCAAUUCAUCUUGGGAAGUCAGGACAUUUACCUGGUAGCAGGAUAAACCAGGAGGUCUCCUGGCCAUCUAAUUUAGCGGUUUAUAUUAUUAACUAAUUCAUCGAGACCUGGUCGUCUACUACUAUGAGAUUGCAUA